CAGGCCCGUGACGUCAUCACAAAGCGACACAGGUUCGCACAAGUUGCUAGCAAAACAAAAGUGAUUGAAACUUAAUUCAUAUCAAUCGGAGUCACAGUGGAUGCAUUGAAAUUCCACCCUGGACAUUAGUGCGAGCGCCGUUUAGGAUGGCGACGCCGAGUAAAACACCACCCGGAGCGGAUCCCAAGCAGUUGGAGCGGACAGGAACUGUCCGGGAGAUCGGGUCCCAGGCUGUGUGGUCCCUCUCCUCCUGUAAACCUGGUUUCGGAGUAGAUCAGCUGAGGGACGACAACCUGGAGACGUACUGGCAGUCAGAUGGCUCCCAGCCUCACUUAGUCAACAUACAGUUCAGAAGGAGAACGACGGUGAAGAUGCUGUGUAUUUACGCUGAUUAUAAAUCUGAUGAGAGCUACACUCCCAGUAAGAUCUCAGUCCGAGUGGGCAACAACUUCCACAACUUACAGGAGAUCAGGGUAACAGCUCUCCCUCACCGGGAUGAAUGUUUGUUUGAAAGCUAUUCAUAUUCACAACUGCUGGUUUCCCUUUUCUUUCUGCAGCAAUUGGAGAUGGUGGAGCCCAGUGGUUGGAUUCACAUCUCUCUCGUGAACCAGCGGACCAACGAGCCGAUCAGCACCUUCAUGAUCCAGAUUGCCGUCUUGGCCAACCACCAGAAUGGCAGAGACACUCACAUGAGACAGAUAAAAGUCUACACCCCAGUAGAAGAGAGCUCCAUUGGCAAGUUCCCAAGAUGCACCACAGUUGACUUUAUGAUGUAUCGAACGAUCAGGUGAUCCGGGAAUAAUGUGCCACCAACCGAUCCUCUAGAAACAAUCUGGAAUCUCACAAGAAUUCCAGAAAAGGGAAAGGACUGAAAUGUGGAGCUGCUACUGUGGUUUAAUAGAAAUUAAUCUGGUUGAUUGUUGCACGACAUGAUAACAGAUUUGCUUUUUUUUCCCCUUUUUUUUUACAAAUGCCAUAUUUUAAAACCAUCAUUUGUACCAGAUGUUUGGUGUGUUGUCUUGUGGUUUUGUUUUCUGUCAAAUUAAACAUUUUAAAACCCCCGAAAUGUGACAGAAAUGAGCAUUUACACCAUUACACGAAAAACUGAGAUUCAGAAAUACUGUGAACGAUUUUUUUACGUCUGUCAAUAAUGAGCCUUAAAGUAAUAAAGGACAAUUCAGUUCA